AAGCCUUCACUUCCGAUGUCCACCGCUCCAACACCGGACAUAUCAGAAACGCCUGUGAACAAUUUGUGAAAAAAUCACCUUAUAAAUAAAGUGUGGUAAAGUUUGUGAGACAACAUGAAGCCUAGAAGUCUCCGUUGUAUGAAGUUUUUUCUCACACUUUUUAAUAUAAUUUGUAUUUUAUUCGGGUUGAUACUGAUGGCGAUUUGCGUGAUGAAUCUGCGUGAAAGGAAGUCACGUCCCGAGCAGUCUGCAUUGUCUAGGGGAGUGCUUUCGUUCCUCCUGACCCUCGGUUUCUGUUUGGUGGUAUCAGCUAUAUUGGGCUGCAUAGGAGCAUUGAGAGAACACGUCAAAAUUCUCUAUGUGCAUGCAAGUUUCUUUAUAUUUCUGGUGUUGGUGGAAGUGAUGGUGAGUGUGGGAGGGGCAGUACUCAGCGCAUGGGUUGGAGGCAGCAGUGAAUUGAGGCUUCAAUUCUACAAGAACACCACUGUUGACGACGAUUCGAACUACCAAUCGUUCUGGGAUAAAUUGCAAAUUGAGAACCAAUGCUGUGGCGUAGAUGGACCUCAAGAUUACUCGAUUCUCCACCGUGAUAUUCCACCUUCGUGCUGCCCACGAGCUCAUCCUCUUCGCGAAGGCGGUGCCAGGAAGCAUCUUCACGCGACCUGCUUAUCUGAACGGACGUAUUACCUAAAGGGUUGUGAAGAGUCACUAAUGCAGAAAAAGACUUUAAAAGGGAACAUUUUCAUAUCUUCAGGAGCGAUUUUUGUGUUGUUAGAGAUACUUUGCAUUGUGCUAGCUUUCUGGAUGGCAAGAACUAUACGGUCGGAGCGUCGAAAGCUGCAACAGAAUUUGCAAGCGCAUUUCGAAAGUUAAUUAGUUAAUUUUUUAUUAACAUUUAUAAGAAGAUUUGAUAAUACUAUUUAAUAUAUAAGAUAAUCCGUCCAUAAACUUACGGUCGGAGAUAGAUAGGAAAUAAUACUUAUAGUUUAUAGACGAUAAAUUUAAGAUUCUUUUUUAAAAGAAUAGUUAAGAAGAAAAAGAAGAAUUUUUAUUUUUAUUGUUAAAAUUAAUUUUAUUAUUAUUAAAUGUAAAUUUAAGUGAAGCACAACAUAUAUAGAAUAUAUUUAUUUAUUUAUUAAACUUUAAUACACAUAGAAAAUGUAAAUGGCGGCCUUAACACCAUGUGGCGUUAUCUACCAGUCGACCGUAGACACAGGAAUAACAGAAAAUAUAAUUGACUGUGCAACGUGAUGAACAAUAUUAAAUUAAAACUGUAAUUCAAAAAUAAUAUACACAAAAUACUCAUCUUACCUAUAUUAUAUAUAUAUUUAUUUUAAAUUAUACAUAUGUAUAUACAUAUGUAUAUACAUAUGUAUAUACAUACGUAUAUACAUACGUAUAAUUUAAAUAAAAUCAGAUGGAAAACUGCUCAGACAUAAGGGAAACAUCAGCAUCAGUCAGAGCAGUGUCUAAAAAAUAUUACGACUCUAUGGAUUUUAAAUUAAAAGGACGUACAUAUACUUCUUUCUUUAUUUAAAAAUCACUAUUUAGAGAUUAACAUAAAAAACUUUUUUUCAUGUCAUAGAAUAAGUAUUUGCUAAAUUAUAAGUUACUAGGGCAGGAGAGUUCUUAGGAUGGAUACUUACUUUUAAUUAAGAAUUAAUAGAUUAAUGAAGUCUUUACAUUGUAACCAAGUUUUAAGUAGUCGAUAUGAAUGACCUUGCUGAUUUUAUUGAUUAUAAUCAAACCUUUUUUGUAUUAUUGCAAGCUGUGAUUUCUUUCGUCUGCGUCAAUUAAUCAGAGUUUACAUUGAUUAAAUCUUUUUUGAUCAUACUCUCUUAUUGAUUUCACUUCAUAUUGAUCUCAUUCUAUAUUGAUAAGGGUUGCUUAUUUUUUCAGAGUACUUAUUAAUCUGACCAAUACUUUUAUUAAUUAUGCUCCACAUUUAUUGAAUGAUUUAUUGGCAACUUUAACUUUUUUUUCUCUUUCUCACUUUCUUUCAUAACUUUUUAUUCGGAGUUUAUAUUGAUCACAGCUCCAAUUUUAGUUUAUCGAUAUAUCGGAGUCCCUAUUCGUCAAUAGCUAAGUACUGUGAUACUACAUAGAUUAAAGUUUUAAAAACAAUGACAGCUGUGGCUACUAAGCCAAUGGGACCAAUUUGAUGUAUUCGCACUUAAUAUAGUCAGUGAGCUAGAAUCCUUUUUGGGGAUAUAAAUUAUAUUUGAUUCUCGUUUUUAAAUAAGCAUAAAUAGUAAGUAACUAGAGUGUAAGGUUUGUCUAUAUCUGUUUUUUAAUCGACAUCAUUUGUGUUCGAAAUAGUAUUGAAAUAACAUUUAAUUUAUUCUAUGUAUUUGCAUCGUGUUCAAUGUAUUGUAAUGACGAGAUAUAAUGUAUUCAUGUUUGACAUUAAAUCAUUCUAUAACA